UAGAAAUUCAGUUAUAUGAAAUCUUUUUAUUUAUGUGUCCAUGUAGGUGGAAUAGGUGGUGUUUUUGUCAUUGCCGUAAUAUCAUUGCUUAUUCUUCUUCACAAAGAGAAAAAGAAAACUAGAGAAUUUUAUGAGAAGAAUGGUGGGCGUACAUUAGAGAAGGCAAAUUUCAUAAAACUGUUUGAGAAGGAGAAGCUCAAGCCAAUUCUGAAGAGGAGCAACUUUCUUGGAAAAGGUGGCUUCGGCGAAGUUUACAAGGGCAUUCUUGAUAAUGAACCAGUCGCAGUGAAGAAGCCGAUUAGUGGUAGUGUGCUAGAGAAUGAACAGUUUGCAAAUGAAGUCAUCAUUCAAUCUCAAGUCAUCCACAAGAACAUUGUUAGGCUCAUAGGUUGUUGCCUAGAAGUUGAUGCCCCGAUUCUAGUCUAUGAGUUUCUCUGCAAUGGUAGCCUCGAUGACAUUCUUCAUGGCAACAACAAGGUGCCCCUUAACUUAGGUCUGCGUUUAAGUAUUGCUGCAGAAUCAGCAGAUGGUCUGGUUUAUAUGCACUCGAAAACCAAUACCAAGAUUCUACAUGGCGAUGUUAAACCAGCAAAUAUACUUUUGGAUGAUAAAUAUGUGCCAAAGAUCUCAGACUUCGGCAUAUCAAGGUUGAUUGCAACAGACAAACAACACACGGGAUCUAUCAUUGGUGACAUGAGUUAUAUGGAUCCGGUAUAUCUACAAACAGGGCUACUAACAGAAAAAAGUGAUGUCUACAGUUUUGGAGUUGUCAUCUUGGAGCUUAUUAGUAGGAAGAAAGCUACACAUUCCGACGGUGGUAGUUUAGUAAACAAUUUCCUUGAAGCUUACAAGAAAGAGAAGAAAACAACUCCAUUAUUUGACGAGGAAAUUGCGGUAACAGAAGAUUUGGAGAUUCUUGAUAGUUUGGCAUGUAUUGCUGUGGAAUGUCACCUUGAUGCGGAUCAAAGACCAUGGAUGACAGACGUAGCCGAGCGUCUCCUCAUAAUGGAUCGAUCCCGCAAGUCGUAAUUUGCGCUGCAUGUUGUAGUUUGAACAACAUGUGUAUAUGUAUGGGGUCGAAAAAAAGGCGACUAUGAAUGGGGCAACGUCUAUCUUAUUACUGUUGUCAACAAAAUCAUUGAACUAGAACCAAGGGAGGUCUCCCUGGGUUGCAAGAAAAUUUGUAAUGUAUCUCUUUGUGUAACAGCGUGUUUUUACCAAAUGUAUCAGAUCGUUAAUUUAAUUGGACGUAUUUCUGA